UCCUCAUUUCUUUCACUAAAAAUCACUCAAACCUCUCCCUCUUCUCUCUCUAGCUCACACUUGUAUGCAACUCACCUAAGUGUUUUUAGUGGUCAUUUUCUUCUUCUGCCUAGCCUCCUCAAAAGUAGCCUCCAGCUCAUUCCUUCCCUAGACAUCGACCUCACACCCACCUCCCCUCUUCCUCUCCCUCUCCAUGUCCAUCUCCCCAAGCACAUAUAUUCACACCCAUACACACAUUCCCAAUCCUCCCUCCAAUCACUUCCCACCCAAUUCCUGGCUCUCUCUCUCUCUCUGUCUCUCUCAUCACAAUAGUAUCAUCAAGCCUCAAUCUUGAUGUUGUAGUGUCACAACUUUGUCUCCAAAAAUCAUUGAAAAUCACACAUUCUCGCCCUCAUUUGCGUCAAUCCUAGCUUGUACUACCUUACCAUUCCCUACACAUUUCUCCUCGGUCACCAGCCCCACAAAAUGCAAGAAGUGGGGCACGCCAAGCUCGGACCCUCCCCCGAUGCCCAGCUCCCGGACCGGCUAGACCCCGCCGAGCCGUCGACCCGGGGCCUCCGCUCCCGCAAGUGGAAGCUCGCCCUCCUCUCGCUCCUCGCCCUCGCCCUCGUCCUCGCCUCCGCCAUCUCCGCCAUCCUCCUGUUCGGGCUCCGCACCAGGGCCUCCGGGGACUCCCGGGGCCGCCACCCGAGCCAGGCCAUCGCCCGGACGUGCGCCAAGGCCCGGUACCCGGACCUCUGCGUCAACUCGCUCCUGGACUUCCCGGGCUCGAUGGUCGCAAGCGAGCAGGACCUCGUCCACAUCUCCUUCAAUAUGACCCUGCAGCACUUCAGCAAGGCUCUCUACCGGUCCUCCGGUAUGAAUUUCCUCGACAUGGAGCCGGUUGUGCGGUCGGCCUACGACGACUGCAUGGAGCUCCUCGACGGCUCCGUGGACGCGCUCUCCCGGUCGCUCUCUGCCGCCGGAGGAUCGGGAUCGCCGACGGCGGCGGAGGACGUCGUGACGUGGCUGAGCGCGGCGCUGACAAACCAGGACACGUGCGGGGAGGGGCUCGCCAACGCGAGCGGCGGCGUGAAGGAUCGGAUGAUGCAGGAGCUCAAGGACCUGGAGGAGCUGGUGAGCAACUGCCUGGCAAUAUUCGCGGCGACGGACGGCGGCGGGGACUUCGCCGGAGUGCCGAUCGAGAACCGGAGGAGGCUGAUGGACGCGGGAGCGCCGAGGGACGACGGGCACGGCGAUGUCGCAUAUCCGGAGUGGUUAGGGGAGAGGGAGAGGGAGUUGCUGGAUAUGCCGGCGUCGGAUAUACAGGCGGACAUAGUGGUGGCGAAGGACGGAGCGAGCGGGACGUACAAGACGAUCGCGGAGGCGAUAAAGGAGGCGCCGGAGAACAGUGACCGGAGGACCAUCAUCUACGUGCGAGCCGGGAGGUACGAGGAGGAUAACUUGAAGGUGGGGAAGAAGAAGAAGAACCUCAUGUUCAUCGGCGACGGGACGGGCAAGACGGUCAUAACGGGCGGCAAGAGCGUCGCCGAUAAGAUGACCACCUUCCACACAGCCUCCUUCGCGGCGAGCGGAGCCGGUUUCAUUGCCCGUGACAUGACCUUCGAAAACUACGCCGGGCCGGCCAAGCACCAGGCGGUGGCUCUCCGGGUAGGAGCGGACCACGGCGUAGUCUAUAGGUGCAGCAUCGUUGGCUACCAGGACACGCUCUACGUCCACUCGAAUCGCCAGUUCUUCCGCGAAUGCGACAUCUACGGGACGGUCGACUUCAUCUUCGGCAACGCGGCCGUGGUCAUCCAGAAGUGCAACAUCUACGCCCGGAAGCCCAUGGCCAAGCAAAAGAACACCAUCACGGCCCAAAACCGCAAGGACCCCAACCAGAACACCGGCAUCUCGAUCCAUGCUUCCCAGAUCGUCGCCACUUCAGAUCUCGAGGCAUCUAAAGCAAGCUUCCCGACGUACCUCGGCCGGCCAUGGAAGAUGUACUCGAGGGUCGUGUACAUGUUGUCUUCCAUGGGCGACCACAUUCACCCCCAAGGGUGGCUGGAGUGGAACGGAGACUUUGCGCUCGACACAUUGUACUACGGAGAGUACAUGAAUGAUGGGCCCGGGGCAGGCGUCGGGGGACGCGUGAAAUGGCCGGGUUACCGGGUCAUCACGUCCGCGACAGAGGCGAGCAAAUUCACGGUCGGGCAGUUCAUAUCAGGAUCUUCAUGGUUGCCGUCCACCGGGGUGGCAUUCGUGGCCGGACUAUCAACCUGAAAUUGGCAUUUUACAGGUACCAUAUGUUGUGCUAAGAACCCACAUGCAUAGGUGUUCAUGUAUUUACUGAGCUUAAAAUUUAGGUCGUUUUCCUUAUAUUUUUUAUUCACAAAAGGCCAAAAAUAAGCAAGUGUAGAAAAGCCACAAUUUCGUAA